AAAGUCGCUGAAGAAUCUGGCAGAACGUAAUCAAAGUAGAUAAAGUACAUUAUCCCGAAACAGGUGACAGCUAAUGCACACCUCCAUGUUCCGGUCCCCAUGCUCGGACCUCAGGUUCAGGUGUCAGGCUCCUCCCGGCACGCCCGACCUGGUCGGGUUGCUUGGGCGAAAGUAAAAGGCUGGCACCCGGGGUGAAAAUAUAUGGGCCACACGCGCGUUGCCAGGUACUUGGCAGUAAUCUCCCUUGGAGGUAAUUGCCACCCUCUUUGCAUAAUUAGAAACGAUGUUUUAGCCCAGAAAACCUUGUCUGAGCACGCGGCUAAAACCCUCGGGCGAAAGAUGCCCGUGCCCCAGUCUCUUCUGCACUGGUUCCCGGUCUUAUCGUUCAUCUCCUAAAAUUCUUCCCCACUUUCUGCCACGUAAACGCGGUUCCGUGUGUCAAGGUUCCCCGCCGAUUAGCAGAUAGUGCCAUCUUCAACAAAAAUAUGCAGACCACUGCCUCGCCUCCAGCUUCAUCGACCCGGUCGGGGGAAUGGGAGGGGAGAUGGAAUGCGAAGGGUGGAGGUGUCAUCGUCGAUGACUGGGCCGCUACGGCUUAGUUGUGAGUGCCAGCAAGAUUUGCGGGCAGUUGUUCUCCUUCCCGUAAGGGCUCCCAGGGCGCCAUCACGUAACUCCUGCCUACCUUGCCUGACAGGCCACUCCACUCGGCCGACAACUGCGAUUGGUCGACUCCGGCUUUCGUCGAUGGCCGUGGACCAACGAGAUUCUGUUUCACGCUGUCUGACAGACAGACCUUGCGGCGAGCGACGCGCCGUCACUCCUGACAUUCCUGUCAUGCUCUCUUGAUGCCAGAGUUGCCUUCCCCUUCCGCUGGAAAGGCCGCCCACCGGACGUCCUGGCCAUGCCCCGAGGCUAACCCAGGCUCCGCCCCCUGCCGACCCCCGGCCGUGACAGCGGGGCGGGAUUUGCGAGCAGGGAGGAUGAGCGACUGGUUGCGGCACAUGCCAUGCGCUCCUCCGUCCUCCAUAGCCAUGCCCUGCCAGGCGGGAAUCCGACCCCCUGCUGAUCACAGCAACCAAACACCUGCAAACAUACAUCGGCGCUGAACCACAGCCAAUGUUCACGCAAGUCCGGGUACCUUCAGUUUUCGCAAAAACGAAAAAUAUUAUAACACCAUUAAUGAUGAGACUUCCCUAAAAGUGAUCCUAACAUUAGAUACGCUGACAGUCUGUGAGGGAGGGAAGCCAUCAAGAUCACUUUUCUUUAAAACGGUGAUGAUGGGACAUUAUAAGAAAUUACCUACAAUGGACGUCUUUAACCUCGGUUUCAGUCGUCAUUCAUAAAAGAAGAUAAAUGUGUUAUGGGGAUCAAACCAGCAGUACUUGCAAAAUUGACCCUUUGGAACGGAAGGUGGCCAGUUUUAUUGCAGUGCUCAUCGUGGUCGGGAACAGAAGUGUCCCACAAGCAGACUGACUCUUGGACUGAGCAUCGCUGUGAGCACCGCUGUUCGUCCACGUGGGAUUCGAACCCAUCCCGUGUGCGUAGGAUGAAGUGCGCCGUAAGGGGCGGUGAGUGAGUUGUGACAGCUGUGGUGCCAACAGAAAACAAACACCGACUUCCAGCGUCCAUCUCCUGCCUCCAUCCCUACCCUUCCCCUUCACUUCUCCCUCCCUCCCUACACCUGAGCUUGGCCACAGGACGGCGGCGCCGCGAGAUUUAGUCACACCGCCACCACCAUUAGUAAACGAGUGUUUCUCGCGCGUGUUCUUCGACAGCAUCGCACGCACGCGCUUCCAGAAGUCGCCUGCAAGAGCAAGAAAAGCGCGUGAGAGAGAAAACUGCAAGGGGCCUGCCGUUCGCAAGGCAGUGGCUAACAACGAGUGGAAGUCUUCUUCUCCCAGACCUCAAGAAGGGGGACGGGGCACCACCAGGCCCUUACUGCAGCCUGACUGGCAGGGACCUUCGGCAAGCCACGGGGACCUGUUUGUUUGACUUUUCGGCCAUCGUAGUUGACUCGAGGAAUGAAAAUUUCCUUGCUGCGGCUUAUACAUCAUCUACGCGGAGCCGCCUUCUCGACGGAGAGGAACGACGCUGACAGUCAUCGCCUCCUUCUUCUCCUCCCUACACCUUUUCUCUGUCCAGCGCGCACGUGCAUGCAUGCGUGCUUGUCAUACUUGUCUCUGUCGUCUGCUGAAGCCGCCAAUCACAUUGUCACUGGGAUCCCCAUUUACGUCACGCUCGAACCAUUUACGUCACUUGGAGUAGCACCUGUUGACGGUUUCUCGCCCAAACUUCUCGAUAAAUCGAAGUUCGUGGUUCAAGACUCGUCAGAGAGCUCGACGCACAGUACGACAUUCGUCUGGUUUUUUUUAAAAGGAAGUUUGUAGUUUUCUCCCUCCUUCUCUUGGCCAGCACCUCGACGGUACGUUGCCUGCCCUCGUCAGUCUGGCAGCACCACACUGAUCAGAGCCAGACUUCGACAAAGUUUUAAUCCCGCUGUUUUGACGAUCCGUUUCACGGCAAAAUUAAGCGUGAAGAUGUUCGCUGCAACGGUGGUGAUCCCGGCAGAUUAAUGUUUACAAAACGCCAGCCCCCUGUUUGACUUGGACAAUUUCAGUGGUGAAUAAUUGCUUGUUUUCGUCUUUCCGGCGGAGGAUCAGACUUGCUUACAAAACUGAGGGUGCCCGCUGAUUCGGUUGUUUUGUAACAAACGCGCACCCCUACUUACGCUGGCAAAACACGGAGGGGAAACGGAAAACCUAGAAAGGAUUAUUUGACUGCGAACAUUUUCUUUCAGCUCCGGCGCUGAGCGAGCCUUUUUGCAUCUCGCCAUCUAUCCAGCGCUGAGCUUGUCUGUUGAGCAUGCUCACCGAGACUUCUAAACACUGGCACGACUGGGAAAAAAGUUGAGCGGAAAUACAAACAAAAGCAAGAAACAGACCCGCAGUCUGUUGACAGAUCACGCUCUGUAAUAGCUUGGAGAAUCAGUCAAAGACAUGACAGGAUUCUGAGCCAAGUGCCUCUGUGUAUGUGUUUGUGAGCAGAACAGAUUUCCAGGACAGUUUUGUAAACAGAUGGGAUUCUUGAUUGAUAACUGGUGAAACAUGCUUCUGAGUAGUGCAGUUCGAACAUUGAUUGAAUUCCACGACUGACCCUAAAAUGUGAGGUUAAGAGUUCACAGGGAUUUGAAGUUUUAUUGGUGUUUGUGACAAACUUCAUCGACAGUAGCAAAAGGCAUUUCAGCAUUUUGUCAGUGUACAUUCUGUUCAUAUUAUUUCCUUCCAAGAGAUUCCACUAUGGACUACCAUAGCCGACUGCCGCUAGGUGGCGCCACGGAUUUCCUUCAUCCACCAGGCAUCAAGAUGGAACAUCACGCCGCCAUGACCAGUCCAGAAAUCGGAAUUCGUUCUUCUGUGGCCGGAUCCGAUCUGACCUUUCGCUUAGGGGAGUCCGCAUCGGAUCUCGGGAUACGAGCAGCUCUAACGGGAUCGGACUUAAGCGGGUUGAAAGAUUACCAAUCAAUAACGGCCUCUGACUUUGCGUCGGACUUCAGAAGCAGAUCAUCAUUGGGCGGGGCAAGCUUCGGCUCCUUCGUCCCCGACUUACGCCAUAAAUCGUCCGCCAACGGUUCGGACAUCAUCCACCGCACGUCGGCGAUCGGAACAGGACCAGGGUCAGAUUACAACAUAAGGGCCUCCAUCCCACCCGUGGAGUACACGCACAAGUCCUCGCAGGCAACCGGACAAGACUUCAGCCACAGAACAUCGUCGUCUGGGUCUAACUUUGGGCACAAAGUGUCGGCCUUGGAUCAGGAUUACAGACAGAAAGCACCAGCAGGAUCUGUAGAAGAAUACAACCAGAAGACGCCAUUACCCAGCUCCCACUUCAGAAACAAGACCUCCGCGCCAGCGGGGAGCCCGAUCCUGGACACGCCUUCAGUGAGCCUCAAACUGGAGCGACAGGACUCCGAAAACAACGAAGGGAAGGACUCACCGUUGGCUGUGUCUGAUGUCAAGAAGGAAGACACAAGCGAUAACAACAACAAUACAAACAAUGGCAGCAGCAGCAACAACAGCAACAGCAGCACUAACGGCAGCAACAGCAACAACAACAACGCCAAUGGCAAGUCCGAAGCGGAGAGCUACACUGACCCCAACGUGAAGCCCCCGUACAGCUAUGUGGCGCUGAUCGCCAUGGCCAUCAAAGAGUCCGGAGAGAAGCGGCUGACCCUGAGUGGAAUCUAUCAGUUUAUCGUCAACCGCUUCCCCUACUACGAAAAGAACAAGAAGGGCUGGCAGAACUCCAUCCGCCACAACCUGUCACUCAAUGAGUGCUUUGUCAAGGUGCCCCGGGAAGGUGGAGGCGAGCGGAAGGGCAACUACUGGACGCUGGACCCGGCCUUUGAGGACAUGUUCGAGAAAGGGAACUACCGUCGACGUCGACGGAUGAAGCGGCCCUACCGACCCCCCAUCUCCCUCCCCAAACCCCUCUUCGCCGACUCCAGCUGCGCGUUUGGACCCGUGUCCCUGGCCAAGGGCUACUUUGGACAGAGCUACUCCACCCACCACCAGCAGUACCCUCAGUACCCCGGGUGGGCGUUAACGCCACACGCUCAUCCUGGUCCGGGUAUGGCUGCUUCCAACAUGGCGGGGAUGUCGCAGCUUGGAGGUUACGGCCCUCACGGAGGAGCAGGGGCGGCGUGUCAACGGGUGGCAGGGUCACUCAACGGCUUGAACCCCUACCCUGGUAUGCAGUCGGGUGGGAUGCAAAUUUCCUCUUCUCCAUCGCCCUACCCUCACGCACAGUUCAACGUCAACGACUACCCGACCUCGGUCGGCGUGGCCACCUCGGGUGCUUUCUCCUUCCCGUGUCGUCAGCAAAGCGUCAGCGACAACUUCAGCCCCGUGCACUACAGCUACUGGAGUGACAGAUAGACAGUUGAAACGAUGGGUUCAUUGAAUUCUAUUCAGUGAGGCCCAUUUCCACUCAGGAAAUCACGCCGGAAGUGACGUGUGUGGGGUCAACAUGUGGCUCCGGUACCCGUCGGACUCAUCCUCCAGGACAUGGCACCCGGCUGUUUCCACCCAACGUCACGAAGCUGGAGCCAGCGACUGACCAGAACGCCGAGCGGGGGAUGGGAGUCCAAUUUUCCGAAAACCAUAAAAUGUUAGGAGGUUCCGAGGCCACUGGUCUGGCUGCUAACAAUAUCUUUGUGACUGGAUGUGAGCUGGUCAGACUGUUUCCACUAAACUGUGCAGGAAAAGAUGAAAAAGGCUUUCGGUGUUGUUUUAGUAGAGCAAGUAAAUAAGUGGCAAGCUGAUUGUGUCUACUUUCGAUUCCCUGUCAUUCUGUUAUCUGAAGUGUCCCCCCUCCCUUGUCUAAUUUUUUUCGUUUUAAAUACAUUUGCCACUUCAUGUGACUGAUCAGGAACCUCACCCCCUCGCCCUGGCAUCACACUCCCAUCCUGAAAUUUCCACUUUGGAGGAAUCACUUUCCUUACAAACCAGAACAAAAAGACGCCGAUCACAGAUGAUCGAAGUCUGCAUUGGAAAUCCUUCAAUGUGUUGCUGCUUAGCUUCUUCAGUCCCAGACACAAGAGAAAGGGAGAGGAAGUCAUAUAACCAAUGUGAAGGACACGUGCUGUGUAAUAUUUCUAGUCUUCCAGAAUGCGAUAACGAAUAUCCAAAAAUGGAGGCUAGUGUUAUACCUAGGUUCAUGAAUACUAAAUACGCCAGUUACUCGAGUGCCUUACCAGAAAACCAUGGACGAAAAUGGAUAUAUUUCCUGAUUUCCAUAAAACUCAAUCUUUGCAUGUGUGGAAUGACUAUAUCACCAUCGCACUUUGAUUGGGAUAAUGCAAUCAGCAUGAACUCCAUCCAGAUGAGUCACGCGACAUUUUACUGAAGUGACGCCAUCAGUGGGUUGAACCCACGGUCAUUAUGUCACGUGACUUCUCCUUGUGGCAUUUACCUUCAUUACUGAAAAUAGUUCUCUGCAUUAAAGGAGGCAAAAGUUUUGAUGCCUCAGCCCCCAGCUUCCUCCCCAAGAUUGUUGUGAGAUCCAUGAUGGCUGUCGUGAGUUCACCUUUAUCUAAUCCCGAAAAGCGAUAUUCUAUAUAAAAACAAUUUUAUUCGAAAAUAAUUUGAAAACAAACUAUUGACGACAGCCCUGUGAAGGGAAAAACUCAUCUUGUGUGCAGAAAUUCGUUUUACGGUGUACUUCAGUCUGCCAUGUUCAUGAUGGUCUUCUGACCUCCUUGUUAGUCCAGUUGUCUUCUGAUCAUUUAUUUUAGAUGAUGCUUGAUAUAAAUAUGUCCAUCAACAAUCAUACAGACUUUUUUUUUACACUAAUUCUCUCAUCUGAACGAUUCUUGUGAGAAAAGUGUUUUUCUGUACAAUAAAUAUGUGCCUUUGUGUAUGUUCAUCUUCGUGUGUGUGUACGUGUGAGACGGGUGGUUGAGGAGACCACGUGCAUGCGUGUGUGUGGCUGAUGGUGCACGAUCCAAGCCCAACUGGUCUGAUGAGAUUCUUUCUUUAUUUUGCCUUAUUAAUGUUUACGUAUUGAAGGUGUUUUUGCCAUUACUAACCAGCAACGACACUAGAUGAAAUGUUCCCAUCCCUCCCCCACAUUUCCUCAAGAAGACCUGGCUGAACCCAGUCAGUCUCUAAAUUCACGUUUAGAGAAGUUGUUUGCUUUUACACAGGAAACAAAUCCUGGAAAAGAGUUGUUUGUGAUGAUCAUUUGUGCCCUCUGCCCCUGACUUGCUCAAAAUGAAAGAAAGAAGGAAAGUUGUGCGUCUUUACGAGGGUUUUCAUAUUUUAUUUACACACAAAUAAGGUUUGAAAAAGGAAUUUUUUCCAGAGAAUGUUUUUGCUUACCACUGCAAAUAAAUAUAUUUAGGUUUCAUAAAUGUCCCUUUCAAGUUGCUUGCAUGUACAACGAAUACCCUAAAUUUUAUUAAAUAAGAAACUAACCAAAGUGAAAAUUAAUCGAUUAUAUUUAUCAACAUUUUAGUUAACGUGCUUCGUUUUAGCUUUCACAAACAAAUGGUGAGCAAAACAAUCCGAAAAUAGGUGUUAUAACCCAAGCCGGGUUACAAGUUAAUACAGUAUUUUAUUUGCUCUUUUUUGUGUCCUAAGCUUUAAUAUAUUACAAUGCAUUUUAUUAUUUGCGAGAGAUUAAAAUAAAAUUACUUUGAAGGGAAAUUGGAGACUGUCAUUUCCCGCUGAACUCACCUCUUUUCUUGUUUUCUCUCUAAGAAUUAUUUUUCAAAGUUUCAUUAUCGCGAGUCCCAUAAUUAGAAAUGUUUUAAUAUUACGAGCUCCGCACUCAGAAAUGUAUCUGUUUGCCAGGCUGAAUCAUGUACAAUCAAAUUAAUUACUUACUGAUGCCUACUCUCAACGAAUGCAUUAUUUCUCUUUGUUAGUAACACGCUGCAUGUAGGGUCAGCUGUACUUUAUGUCUCCGUCGAUACAUUAUUAUGACAGUACAUGACCCUGAGCUAAAUAUCAUCUGAUUUUAUAUGAACUGCGUGAAUUUUUAUAUGAAAUAUACUGGCAGGAUUGCUCCAAUGAUACAGAGAAAAGGGACCUAAUAAGUGCCUUGAUGUUCAUUACAAAUGAUUCAGAGUAUACAGAAAUGCUGUACCCUUGACAGUUGAUGCAGAUGUAGACAUGUUGUAUCCUUCACGUGCAUUAACAAUAAGGCAAACUAUUCAGACAUGUUCUAUCCUGUAAUUUAUUUUUACGCUGGAUAUUCAACGAGCAGUCUAUGCGAUUUUGUAUUCAUUGGAACAUGCUAGUCUUCAUGCAGUCCACGUGUCGGCAGAUUGAAAACAGAACUAUUCUGAUAUAUCAUAAAUAAAAUCACUAUGUACUGCA